CGGCUCCGAGGCCCCGCCUACGCGUUGGCUUUUCCGCCCUGGAGGUUGUGGCGGCGGUCGUGAGGCUAUAGACUGGUGGGUGUCGGCAGCCGCUAUGACCCAGGCAGAGAAGGGGGACGCGGAGAACGGGAAGGAGAAGAGUGGGGAGAAGGAGAAGGAGCAGCGCGGCGUGAAACGGCCCAUUGUGCCCGCUCUAGUGCCGGAGUCGCUGCAGGAGCAAAUUCAGAGCAACUUCAUCGUUGUCAUACAUCCAGGCUCAACUACUUUGAGGAUUGGUCGAGCCACAGACACACUUCCUGCCAGCAUUCCUCACAUCAUCGCACGAAGACACAAACAACAAGGGCAGCCCCUGUACAAGGAUAACUGGCUGUUGAGGGAGGGACUAAAUAAGCCUGAAAGUAAUGAACAAAGACAAAAUGGCCUUAAGAUGGUGGAUCAAGCAAUAUGGUCCAAAAAGAUGUCAAAUGGUGCAAGACGGAUUCCUGUGUCCCCUGAACAGGCACGCUCCUACAAUAAGCAGAUGCGGCCUGCGAUUUUAGAUCACUGUUCUGGAAAUAAGUGGACAAAUACAUCUCAUCACCCUGAGUAUUUGGUAGGAGAAGAGGCCUUGUAUGUUAAUCCACUGGACUGUUAUAACAUUCACUGGCCUAUCAGAAGAGGUCAGUUAAAUAUUCACUCGGGACCCGGGGGCUCCCUUACAGCUGUUCUGGCAGAUAUUGAAGUAAUAUGGUCUCACGCAAUACAAAAAUAUUUGGAAAUCCCACUGAAAGAUUUAAAGUAUUACAGAUGUAUCUUGUUAAUUCCUGAUAUCUAUAAUAAACAGCAUGUGAAGGAACUAGUGAAUAUGAUCUUAAUGAAGAUGGGCUUUUCAGGGAUUGUGGUUCAUCAGGAGUCUGUGUGUGCCACCUUUGGAAGUGGCUUAAGCAGCACAUGUAUUGUAGAUGUUGGGGACCAGAAGACAAGCAUAUGCUGUGUAGAGGAUGGUGUCUCUCAUCGGAACACUCGGCUCUGUCUGGCAUAUGGGGGAUCUGAUGUGUCAAGAUGUUUUUACUGGCUGAUGCAGCGAGCUGGAUUCCCUUACAGAGAAUGCCAGUUAGCAAAUAAAAUGGAUUGCCUUCUUCUGCAGCACCUUAAAGAAACUUUUUGUCAUUUAGAUCAGGAUAUUUCUGGACUUCAGGACCAUGAGUUCCAGAUUCGACAUCCAGAUUCCCCAGCCCUACUUUACCAGUUUCGAUUAGGAGAUGAGAAACUCCAGGCUCCAAUGGCUUUGUUUUACCCAGCAACUUUUGGAAUUGUUGGACAGAAAAUGACAACUUUGCAGCACAGAUCCCAGGGUGAUCCCGAGGAUCCUCAUGAUGAACAUUACCUUCUGGCCACUCAGAGCAAGCAAGAACAGUCUGCAAAAGCUACUGCUGACCGAAAGUCUGCAUCCAAACCCAUUGGAUUUGAAGGGGAUCUCCGUGGCCAGUCCUCUGAUCUUCCAGAAAGACUCCAUGCCCAGGAGGUAGAUUUGGGAUCCUCCCAGGGAGAUUGCCUGAUGGCCAGCAAUGAUUCUGAGGAGACCCUCACCGCACUGAUGUCCAGGAAGACUUCUAUCUCACUGUUUGAAGGGAAAGCCCUGGGCCUGGAUAAAGCUAUUCUUCACAGCAUAGACUGUUGUUCAUCUGAUGAUACCAAAAAGAAGAUGUACAGCUCCGUCCUGGUGGUGGGAGGUGGUUUGAUGUUCCAUAAAGCUCAAGAAUUUCUGCAGCACAGAAUUCUCAAUAAAAUGCCACCUUCAUUUAGGCGAAUUAUUGAAAAUGUGGAUGUGAUAACAAGGCCUAAGGACAUGGAUCCCCGGCUGAUUGCCUGGAAAGGAGGGGCAGUGUUGGCUUGUUUGGAUACAACACAGGAACUGUGGAUUUAUCAGCGAGAAUGGCAGCGCUUUGGUGUCCGCAUGUUACGAGAGCGAGCUGCUUUUGUCUGGUGAGAUGGGGAGAAAAAGUCAGUGUUGAAGACCAAAAAACAAAUCUCAUGGUAUAAAAGAUUUUUAGAGAAUAUAUGUAUUUUAAUUUAUUGACCUAGAUGCUUAAGUUUCAUGGAAAAUAAAUGAAUUUCAACUUAAGUUAAGGACAUGACAUUGGUUUGAAAUUGUAAGCUGCUUUGGUAGUCAGGACAUUUGAGAAUAAAUAUGAACUUACUCUUCAGUUCUAAACUCACCUGCCCCUUUCUCAGGAUCUCAUAAACUGUCUCAUGCUGUAAAAUGUUGCUGUUGAAUGGUUCUCACAUGGUGAAACCCUUCGUCUUCUAAGUUUCAUAAGCCAUCUUGCAACCACAAGGGGUGUGUGACUUGUACACCGUAAUCACAAAAAGUACUGUCUGGUUCUUUUCCAUUUUUCCCCUUGCUUGGUAUAGCACAGUUAGAUUCUGAGGUCAUUGGGGUUUUGUAUCAUAUAAUGUGACUCAUGUCCUCUUUGAGUUCCAAAUAGGAAAAAAAAAAAGUCUCCCUCUCCCCUUUUUUCCCUUUUAUUUUCUAUUGGAGGAUAAAAAAGAUGGGAGCCCAUUCAGUUCUAGACUUACAGCUGGGCUGGCUGGCUUUUGUCACUGAACAUGCUCUAGGGUGGGCUUGGGAAAGCAAACAGUUAUUAUUUGACCAAAACAAAGCAAAAGCUGAAAAGGAAAUCUCAUUUCCUUCAUAAAGCUAAGGAGAAAUGAUUUCAUAUAAUUUAUAGAGUUAACUUGUGUUGUAUACAUAAACCUGUUAACUGUGCUUGUAAUUACUACUGAUGAAGUCAUUAAACCUCCAGUUUCCCUUGUCCUGAAGAACUUAGUGAGAGCUUUUGGAGUUUGUUGUGUUCAGUAUGGUCAGUAGACCUUAGCCUGUGAACAGUGUGAAGCAAAAUCAAAGCUACUAUCACCUGUGGCCCAGGCCUUCGUGAGGCCUUCUGAGCCCCUGGUGAGAGGAGGAGAGUGCCUUGUCCUGAAACGGGAGCCAGUCAGUGAACACAGCCUGCGGCUCAGAGAGCUGGGAGCAGCAGAGCAGGCCUGAUGCCCGCCACACAUGCCACACAGCACUUCCAGGUGAAGGGGACUGGGGAAGGAGAAAUGCAGGGUCCAGUAAGAAAUGGAGGUAAGAAUGGAAUACAGAAAGAAAGAUGAUCAGAAAUCUUAGAACCAGGGAAAAUGCUGGUACUGGAGCAUUUCACAUUAGUAGGUCUUCUCUACAUGUCUGCUUAGUAGGUAACAAAGACGAGUCACCCAGAUGAUCUUAACUUGUUAACUCCAUUUGGGAUAUGUGCCUUCAAUUUGAAAAUUGCAUGUUCUUUUGUUUUUUUAUAUUUCUUAGCAAAAUAAAUCUAUACAACAUUGA